CCGAGCGGCAUGGCGUGGCCCUGCAUCAGCCGGCUGUGCUGCCUGGCCCGGCGAUGGAACCAGCUGGACCGCUCGGACGUAGCGGUGCCGCUGACUCUGCACGGUUACUCGGACCCCGGGAGCGAGGAGCCGGGCGCAGACUGCAGCGUCUCGCGCGGGAACCCGUCGGUCGCAGGAGCGCGGGAGUCCAGCCGCGCUGUGCCGCUCACCCAGUACCAGCGCGAUUUCGGUGUGCGAACCGCGCGCGCCGGGUCCCGGGAUGCGGCUCAAGAGCGCCCACCGGGGCCGGGCGGCCGCAGAGGCCAGUCCUCGGCGCCCCCCACCCGGACGGUCUACGUGCUGCCGGUCGGGGACGCGGACGCAGCUGUAGUAGCGACCACGUCUUAUAGACAGGAAUUCCAAGCUUGGACUGGAGUGAAGCCCUCAAGAUCCACAAAGGCAAGAACAGCCAGAGUCAUCACAACUCACAGCUCCGGAUGGGACCCCAGCCCUGGGGCCAGCUUCCAGGUUCCAGAGGUGAGGAAAUUCACACCUAAUCCCUCAGCCAUCUUUCAGACAUCAGCUCCUCAGACUCUCAAUGUGUGACCAGUGGAAGCCAUGGUUGGGAAAGCCGAGCACAGCCAGACCUACCAGGUGGAGUCCUGGCCUGCUCCUUUGCUUACAGCAGCAUGGCUGCUGGCUCUGGGCAUGGCGUGGUGUGGAGGCAAAGGGACAGGACACCACCAGCUGCACUCAAGCCUCCCCAUCUGUCCUCCAGUGGUGGCAGGGAGGGAGACUUUCUUGUCUUCUAAAUUGCCAUUUGACAUCCUUCACUUCUUAAAUCUGAUGAUCAAUUCAGCUGUGACCUGAACAGCUCCAGACUAAGAAAGGUGCACACUACCAAGUCCUUGGUAUGUCGGUUUCACACUUUGGAUGGUUUCCCCAAGAUGCAUGUUAUUAUUUAUUUAUUUACUUAUUUUUGAUGAUGUAUGAUAGUAUCCAGGCUGUAUCCUCAUCUUUUUGCAGUUACUCGCGUGCUUACCAUUAAGAAAUUUAGCUCAGCAGUGGUGGCACAUGCCUUUAAUCCCAAUGGAGGGAGACAAAGGCUGAUCUCUGUGAGUCUGAGACCAGCCUGGUCUACAGAGCGAGUGACAAGACAGCCAGAGCUACACAGAGAAACCCUGCCGCAAAACAAAUGGGGAGGGGGUAUCAAUAGGUUGCCAGGAGUAAUGCCUUUAACCCCAGCACUCUAGAGGCAGAGGCAGAAGGAUAUCUGAACUCAUUGCCUUCCUGAUCUACAUAGCAAGUUCCUGGAGAGCCAAGGCUACACACCCAAUUUCAAGACAACAAAAAUCUUUAGGGAGUUUAUGUGUGUGUGUUUUAAUAUAUAAUCACUCGCACACAACUCUCAUGGUAGUGAUAUGUGUCCAGGGAGAUCAUCCAUGUCAAUCUCAACCAUGUAAUUUCUUUAUAGCUAAGAUCCUGUUUCAAGGAAACAAUUCCUAGGGUGAGUGGAACCUUGAAAGCACGAAUGGCAUUCACCCCAUUUUACUAAUUUCAGUUGUCCCCCCUCAACACAAGGAUAGAAGGGACUACCCUGCAUACUCCCGAGGAGCUGGAAGCAUCGCCUAUAGAGCUUUAGGCUCCCCAACUCUGGUUAGCUACUUACUACCCUGCUGAGGGGAUAACACAUCCUGUCUUUGGUAAACUCAUCUCCAUAAAUUCCAGCCAGCACGCCUGUGUGGAACAAGCCCAUUCCCCUUUGCACACCCCUUCAAACACUGGAAAGAGCCUGAGAGGUUUGGCACAGUGUCUGGUAAGACACUGGACUUCCUUGUGGUUCUCUUUUCUUCCCAGGCUCUCCCCAUGGGAGCAUCUAGUUCUGAUGGUGUUUCAAAGCCAUGGCUGAGGAAGCAGUUCAGACCUCCCACACAACAUCCCCUCAGAGGUGCUAGCAGGCCCAGCCUCCCUCUUACCAACCAUAUGCAUACGCCAAGGAUCCUCUAGAUUUGUCAGCUUGCAUGCUCAGUGUUCCUAAGAGGGAAACGAUUGCCUGCUGGGCAGAUUAACAAUUUACUAAAAUGCAAAAAUGUGCUUCAGCAACUUGUUAUAAACACAGGCAUAUUCUCUCCCAUCCCUGUGGCCUCCCAAUAAUGGCCGUAAUAUAGUGUAACUUCGCUAAUAUCCUUGAAGCUUGUGAACUCCAAACCCUUCUUGCUCAGGGCUGCAGGUGUUACCUUCUUUCCACUUCAGCUUUCCUGCAUUCUUAAGUGGGAAAGGGGCCAUCUGUGCCACUGCUGCUUCCUCACUGGCAGGGACAGUGAGCACUUCCACUUCUGCACCUGAAAGUGAGGCUGCUAUUACCUAUACCCUGCUGGCUUGUUAGGACAUCCUCCGGAAAGCCAGCCAAGCAUGGCUCCUCAAUAGUCCUUUCCACUUUAACUCUUCCAGGUACCUCUUGGACCUGCUGUAGCCACUGGCAUGCCCCAGCUAAAAGCCUCUAGCUGUACACUGCUUAGUGACCACACCACAUGUCCAGCAACCCCCAGCCCCUGCAUUCACUCUUGGUGUAGAGAUGCAUGACCUCAGCCGUGUGCCACAAAGCUCUUCUCACCAGUCCUCCUGAGAAAUGAAAACCUGCCCUUAGGAAGUCCCUCCUCAUUGCAGAUCUGAGUAUGGUCACAUGGUUCCACGAGCAACCAAGAAGCCACCAAGGCCAAUGUCAGCCUUGUUCUCUUAGUCCUGAGUCCACCUUACACACAAUGUGCACAAAGACCAGAAAAAUACACUGGAGGAUGAGCAGGGCUCAUCUCUGAGAAGGGAGUGUGUAUAUGGCGUUCUGUGUACGUGUGUAUUCCUGUAUGUAUGGGGUGUGUGUUCAUGGAUGUGCAGGCGCGUGUAGAGGACAGAGGACAGAGUAUUUUUCAGGUACCCUUCAUUUUCUCACUGGCCCAGGGCUCGCCAAGUAGCUUAGGCUGCUUGUAUAGCAAGCCUCAAGUGAUCUGCCCAUCUCUGCUGCCUCUCCAGUGCUCAGAUUUUAAGUGUGCACCACCA